CUAUCAUACGUUUACCUGUCUUCGAUUUUAAAAUUUGUGCUGGAUGUUUAUGCAUUGUAGUCGUAUAAAUAAAUUUAAAUGUUCCAUCAUAUAAACCCUUCUAUUUAAACUUUUUCGCUAAAGUGAAAAAAGCAUAAGCGUUGGAAUAUUAAAACAUAUUAGUAUGGCUAGUACUUUUUACACUUUGUUUCUUGCAAUCUGCAUUUAACUUAAUAAACUUAGGUGAUCGAAGUCGAGCGUAUACAGAAUUGAGAUAUAUAUCAUGUAUGCAUAUUGUAUUGCAGAUACAAAACUUACCAGUUAUCAUUUACUGAAACAAGAAAAUUAAGAUUUUUUAAGCUUGGCUUUUAUGUCUUUAUGUCACAUAGACAGAGGUAAUGCAUUAUGACGACAUUUAAGAAAUAUUGGUGUAGGAAUACAUGUGUCCAUUCGUGCACCCUAUUUAAACCACCGACAUUAUGUGAGGUAGCUGACUAGCGUCCACACAUGACAAAAUCCUGAGCGGCAAGUGUUUUAAAGGUGACGACAUUGUCGACUGGGCUACGGUGGCCUGGCAUGCAUGAAAUUCAGUAUGUAAAACCAAAUUACAUAAUAUUUAUGAUAAAGUUAAAAAAUUUCCUUUGAAAAGUGGAAUUAAAUUGAUAUUUACGUUUCAUAUUUACAUUACAGAAUAUCAGCAUAUUAAUAGAAUCGAUUUCUUAAAAUGGAAGUAGCUGGCAAAAGGUUGGACAAUGACACAGAGUCUGCAGAAGGCGAGUCUAGUUUAUGUGUAUCAUGUGAAGUUGAAAAUGUGAAAACUCUAGCAUGUGGAGCAUGCCGGGAAUGCAAUGAGAAAAUAUGUACCACGUGCUUCCGGUUUCACCUUAGGGGCAAACUAUGUAGAAAUCACGUGUUUCUUUCGCUUCAGGAGUUUUCUUCACUCCCAUUAUGUAGUGGAUUAGAAGAUGUGACCAGAUGUGCAAAGCACGACAGUGAAAUCAUCAAAUUUUAUUGCCGAUCACAUGAUAUCGUUGGGUGUGGAGAUUGCAUAGUACUAGGACAUACCUCAUGCAAACCAGAAUAUAUCAAUGAUUUGGCGAAAUCCUUCAAAGAUGGAGACACAUACACAAGCAUUGCGAAAAGACUUGAAGAUCUUGAAAAGCAGAAAACAGAUUGUGAACACGAAAUUGAUAAGGCUACAUACGAAUGCGAAAACAUGAAUGAAAACGCAUUGAAAGGACUCCGUGACUUCAGAACUGAGAUAAAUGAAUGUUUGGAUGAAGCAGAGGCUAAGCUGUUAUCAGAAAUGAAGAAACUAAGAAAGGAAAACACAGAAACGAAGACAAAGAUUGAGGCUCUAUUACAGUCGUUUACGUCAGAGCUUCAGAAAGUGAAACAGAUGCUUGACACACAGCUGUAUCGAGAUAAUGCAUUAUUCAUCAAUGCAGUUAAUUGCAGGUCCAAACUAGCUGAUAUAAAAAAGAUGCACUCCUCAAAACACAUGGCUUUAAAAGGGUUCAAGUUUGUUCGUAAUGAUCAAAUGUCAUCGCUUCUGAAAUCUGAACGGCCUGUAGGAAGUCUGCAGUUUUGUCAGAUCGAAUGUAGGACAAAAGAAACAGUCAAACAGAAGUGUUUUGUUGGUGCUCGUGUCCGUUGUCCUGCAAUAGGACAGUGUGGUACAGUACUAGGAACUAUAAUAGAUGUUACAAACGAUACUGUUUCAAUACAAUGGGAUGGCUUUGGCUUUGCGAUAUCAUACAACAUCACAGAUGACAUUACCUUUGAAAUUAUUUAAAGAUAUGUUAUGGUCAUCUUUGGCUAAAAUACUUUUAUUUGAGAAAUUUUUGUAAUCUCAUAAAUUCUUAUGAGUAUGUCUGCUUUGAAUAACUGAAUGGAUAAAUUAGUUUGGGAAGAUACAUUUCCUAUUUUUUGUCAGUUAAAUGUGGUCUUUUCUUAUAACAACUGCCAUUUAUUUAAUGACACCAUGUUAUUAUACUGUGAUUACCUGUUUUAACUAUGUGUGUAUUCAAAAGAUGUUUAUAGAGACUGUAUGGUAAUUAUCAUUUUUUAAUUAAAUAUCAAAUUUUGAGCGGACUAUAUCUGUAAAGCUGCAUUUUCUUAACUUCAUAAAAGAGAAAUAUAAUUUCUGCAAUUUGUAAAUAAAAUGGGU